AGAUAUGGUUAUAUUGUUGUCUGUGUUCGGUGGCGAGUUGGUGUGGCCAGCUAAGAGUUUGGUUUAGAAUAUCUUGUUUUUAUUGUAAGGUGUUGUAUCCCCAUUGUAAUAAGCAACGAUGCUUUGUGGUAAUUAUUUGUAAGGUUAGUGUGUUUACGCUUGUCUGUGUUCUACUAUAUAUCCUUCUCUCCAUUUGUAUUUUUUUUUCGCUUAUGGGACUGACCUUCUAACUUAAUCAAUGUCUAAAGUUCAUUUUCGAUUCUAACGUGGGUAUGCAGCAGCGAUAAAAUUCUUAGAUAGAGUUUGCCACUCAUUUAACACAAAGCUCCAAUGUUUUCCUAGAGCAAGGGCCGACCCAACUAUUAGAAUUUGGGAGGUCUAUACUCAACCACAAAAGCUAGCUUUGAGAGUUAAGUUUUGCACUACCCUUAUAAAGGCUAUCUAUGUCAUAUCUCUAGCCAAUGUAGACUUCUAACACCAACAUUAUGUGGGACCUAAAAGGCCUAACAAAAAUAUAUAUGUAAUUUAUUUAGUAAAAUUUUUUACGAUCAAUUAUUGUUCGUGAUUUUGUUUAGAAUCAAUGAUUGUUCGUGAUGUUUUUGAGUGAUGGACAAUACUUUCCUAUUAUCACUUUUGAUUGAAUAAAAAUUAUCAUUUACAAAGUAGACUUUAUGGAUGAGUCAGUCAACUCAAGGAAAUUUCAUUUUGAUUAAUUUCUUCUUUGCCGGCUGAAGGAAGUUUCGUUGAUGUUACAUGUGGGAAAUAAGAAAAGUUUAUCUCAAAUGAAAUGAAUAUACAAAGCAAGAAUGAAAGCAAACCAAAAGCAAUAUUGUUACUGGAAUUGAGAUCUGCUCCAUAUAUAGUUAAUCAAAACUACUUAAAUAGAUUCACACUUUCAACAUUCAGGAGAUGGAGGCACGACCAAAUGGUUAUGUGAGUGUACUGGAGAAUGAAUUGGUUGAAAUGCUUAAAGGAGCAGUUCUUCCAGAAAUGUCUCGAACGAGUGAGCAAUGCAUCUACAAAGUACCACAAAUAAUUCGCCAAGCUAAUCCACAAGCUUAUACUCCUCAAAUUAUUUCCAUCGGCCCUUUUCACAAUCCACGUGGCUCAAUUAGUGCUAACAACAAUUUACACGAAAUGGAAGAACUCAAACUCAACUAUCUCAAAGGGUUUCUAAAUAGAACAAAGCUAUGUGUGGAUGACUUGGUUUUAAAAGUUCAAAAGUUGGAAAAUAAAAUUCGAAAUUGUUAUGCAGGGCUUGUUUGCUUUGACAGCAAUGAUUUCUUAAAAAUCAUUGUAGUUGAUGCAUGCUUCAUAAUUGAAUUAUUUCUAAGGUACGCUUUUUACCCCGAUUGGAAGGAAAAGGAUCCUAUAUUAUCAAAACAGUGGUUACAUAAUGACAUUAAACGUGACUUAAUACUCCUUGAAAAUCAGCUACCUUUUUUUGUUCUUGAAGAGAUAUACAAAUUAGCUAAUAUAAAUCUUGAAGUUCCCUCAUUUGUUACAAUUACUAUAUGGUAUUUUCACCGACUCAACCAACAGAACAUAAAUUCCGAAAGAUUGUGUCCUAAACAUUUCACAGAUCUUCUAAGAACAUUUUUGCUACCACCAUCAUUUGAUUUUGCCAAAGAAAUGGAAAAUGCAGGAUAUGCAAUUCAACAUGUAUACAGUGCAAGUCAAUUAUCAGAAGCAGGAUUGAAAUUUGAGUUAAGUGAAAGCAAAUGCUUACUUGACUUGAAAUUUGAUAAAGGUGUGUUGCAAAUGCCAUGCUUUCAUGUGCAUGAUUCAACAGAGAUGCACAUGAGGAAUAUAAUAGCAUUUGAAGGAUGUCACAUUUCAAAUUAUGAUUCAGCAUAUGUUUCUCAGUACUUGAGUAUUUUAGAUUUUCUUAUUAAUACAGAAAAGGAUGUGAGCAUCUUAGUUAAUAAGAAAAUUAUUUCGAAUUGGAUGGGUGAUGCUAAUGCGGUGGCUACAAUGGUUAACAAACUUUGCAAAAAUGUGCCAAUGCCUAAACUCAAUUCAAAAUAUCUAUCUUUGUGUAACAGGUUAAAUGGUUUCUAUGAAAACCCUAGAAACAAAUAUAAGGCUAUCUUUGUACAUGAGUACUUCAACACUCCUUGUAAAAUCGCAUCAACUGUUACUGCACUAUUUCUACUUUUGUUUACUCUGAUCCAAGCUGUAUGUUCAAUCUGGUCAUUACUGAAAUGAUACAAUAAUAUGUAAUAUUAUGUCAAUUUCAUUAAAAUAUCGAGAUAGCUCUGUUGUUUAGGUAGUUGGGAAUUGCUGUAAAAAUAUGUUGGUAACUUAUAUGAAAAGAUGUUUUUUAAAUAUGUAAAUAAUAUAACCACAACUUAAAAAUGGAAAUGACCAUUGAACUUCCCUUAAUGUGAGUCCAACACAGAGAUUAUAAAACUUAUAUUAUUGACUAUCUUCAUUUGUAAUAUGCCACAGAAAUUGCAGAUCAAAAUGUUACUGUUAUUUCUCACUACAACAUUUUUGCUUUUCAACAACAGUUAAAAAUUGUAGCCUAAACUAUGAAAAAUGUUGCCUAUCUCUUUAGGCGACAGUUUUCACCUGUUUUGUAAGCGAGCGUUACCUAUAGUCUUAGGUAACAGUUUUUUUG